CGUUCGUUUCUCCUCCCUCUGGUGUGGGCAUAGGCUCUGCAGGGUCAUGGCACUGACAUGGACGGAGAACCUGCUGCUGACGAUCCUGCUGGGCUUAUUAAAUGAUGUUUGGGGGCUUCCGGCUCCAGUCAGCACUUCCAUGGACUCCGUCAACAUGAGACACACGCUGAGGUGGGCGCCGCUGCAGGCGCCAUGCAACGCCACAGUCCUGUACUCUGUCCAGUAUCAGGGAGAGUUUGAGCUCUGGGUGGGGAACGGCAGCUGGGUGGACGCUGCAGACUGCCAGCAGAUUCCUCACACUCACUGCGAUCUGACCUUUGACCUGGGCUCUGACUCCGACUACAACCUGCAGGUCAGAGCGCAGUGCGACAGGCAGCUCUCGGCCUGGACCCGGCUGAGCCAGCCGUUCAACCGCAGAGACACGGUCUUGACGGUACCAGAGAUGACGGUGACAGCAAUAGGGAACUCCCUCCAGGUGAUGUUCAGAGAGCUUCCUCUCACUGGCGUUGUUAGUGUGAUCGUGUGGAAAAAAGGCGCCAAGUUGCAGACGGCUGUAUAUUCGAUGCCAGCAGAGCAGACGGUGUUCGCUGUGACUGACCUGCAGGAGGGAGCGACCUACUGUGUCAGAGCUCAGCUUGUGCUGAACUCAGCGCUCCACAGCAACAGCACCGAGCUCCACUGCGUGCCCGUCGCAGGUGCAGAGAGUGCUGCUUGGAAGACGCCGACCGCUGUGACUGUGGCGGUCUUCCUCACAGCCGGAGUCCUGUUUGCUCUGUUCUGGGCCAUCGCCCACUGCAGUGCCGACGCCUGCCAGCAGCUCUUCCAGAAGGAGCCUCUGCCUCAGUCACUGAAAGUGGACUUGGACAGAAAAACUCCAGCGGUCGCUGAGGAAGAGGAGGAGCUCAUGGAGGAAGUGAUCGUCGUCUUGAAGGAAAAAAAAAACAUGGCCUCCCUCUGAGUUAACUGGACUUCUGAAAGACUGCCAGCC